CUCAGCGGGCCGAACAUGCGGUUUUCAGGGGGACCCAUAACAUCGUCGGACACAAACAUGUCGUCUGUCUGGUGACAGCCUUGUUUAAGGGAUGUGUGAUGCAGCAGAGAAGGACCUGUACGCUGUCCUGGGAGCCGGCCCCUCAGACUCAGUCCAGCAGCUCAGACACAGGUACCAGCAGCUGGCCCUACAGUACCACCCAGACCGUCUUGGAGGUGGGAGUUCUUCAGAAGCAGAGUCUGGCGUGAAGAAGUUUCUAGAAGUCGAUGCAGCCUGGAGGAUCCUUAGUGACCAGAGCACCAGGAGACAGUAUGACCUGCAGAGGAGAGCUCAGGAACUGAAACAGGAUUGGCCGGUGGAUUCUACAGUCUAUCUGGAGGACAUGACCUGGGACCAGGAUGAGCAUGUGUACACGUACAGCUGUCGCUGUGGAGGAGGAUUCAACGUGUCAGAGGGGGAGGUGGAUGAGGAGACACAGAGGAGGCACCAGGACGAUGAAGAGGAGGAAACAGAGGAGGAAGAGCACAGAGGAGUGGUUGUGUGCUGUGACACGUGUUCCCUCAGUGUGUGCGUCACGUGGUCAUUACAUAAAAAGGUUCAAACAUUAGAAUGCCAAUGAUACGACUUGUUGGAAGCCUUUGACCUAUGACACUGAUAAGCCUGACCACCAAAUAAUAACAUACCACUUUUAAGUGAACUGUAGGGUUUUCUCUUCGUCUCAGACUUAGUACUCAACAUCUCCAUCACUUCUGUUCGGGGGGCCCCAUGAAGCAAGUCAGCAAUAAAACAGCUCACUGUCUGAUUCUUUGAACUAGAGAAGUCCAGAUGCCAGUAUCAGAAACGUCUCUGAUACAGACAUAGAUUCUGGAUCGGGUAUCAGCGAGUAUGCACCGAUCUAAUAACACAUUAUCAUGUCAUUUUUCUGCUUAUUUUUGUUACGUGGGGGAAAAAAAGCAACAUGCAUCACUUGCUACCCGAUCCGUACUUCGUGCCUGAUUGCUACUACACAUUACAUUACAGUCAUUUAGCAGACGCUUUUAUCCAAAGCGACUUACAAUCAGUAGUAUAUUACAUAUCAUUCACCCAUUCACACACUGAUGACAGGCUACCAUGCAAGGUGCCACCAUCAGACUCUAACUAACAUUCAUGCAACAUCCAGUCCACACCGAUGGCAAGCCUUCAGGAGCAACUUGGGGUUAAGCGUCUUACCCAAGGACACAUCGACUGCCGAAGCCAGGUAUCGAACCACUGACCCUCUGAUUGGAGAACUACCUUGCUCUCCACUACGCCACAGCCGCCCACAUGUGCAAACUGACUGUGAACAACAAAUCGGCAGGAGAUGAGCUAGUUAACGUUAGCUGUUAGCAGCCAGCGGUCGGCACAGUCCUACUCUGCUAAAUAACAGAGCUUACAGCUAACAUAAGGAGGACGCAUGGAGUAAUGUUAUGAUCUGUUCAAGCUCUAUUCAGUAAACAUUAUGACAAUAUCAUCAUAUGUUCCAAUGUAAUCUUGUAAAAAGUUGUUUUUUGCAAGAAACUUGAAUAAAUCGAGUUGUUUGAAGGAGAUGUUUUCACAGAAAUAUAGAAUAGAUAUUGUAGGGGAAUUAUGGCAUGUUUAACCCGAUUGUUUUAUUUAAUACA